AUGGCGCAAGGGAGCUCACCCGCUGCUCUUCAGCGAGGUGAGGAUGGUCCGAAAUACGAUCUCACAACACUUGCGAAUCCUAUCCGACCUACCAGCGGACCUCAUGUCCCGAUGUUUAAUCUGGAACUGGUUUAUGACGUCUUCAAAGAUACCCCUUGGGGAAAUCAACAUAGCGAAGCAGUGGGGGAGCAGAAUCCCACCGAGAGUCGCCAAAACGACAAAACUGCUCAGUAUAGAGCCUUGAAACAAACAAAGAGAAACCCUCUUGGACCGCGAGCUGGCUUGGGAGUCUCCAAGACACCCCGCCUGCUCAAGCAGCCUGCCAUACAACUCAGGCGAUCUAAGAACCUUCAGGGGAAGAACCCGAUCGAUCUCGUUGCUAGAGGAGCCACUCCGACGCCCAGUAGCCCAAGCGACCCGGCGCCUUACUAUGAUGUUGCUCGCGCACCCAAUCUCAGCAGGCCUAUUCCCGACUUUGACCCAGCUUUGAUUUCUACUUGCCCUAAGCCGCUAUCACCUUCAGAGAUGUUAGAUGGAGAGAAAUACUUCCUCUAUCAGAUGGCCACAGCUCGCCAUCUGGCCUUCAACGGAGUUUCAGGCCCAUACCAGAUUGGCCACUGCUUGUGUGAUGUCCAUAAGGCAACCGGGAAUCUAGUCAAGUUUGCACGUGCCUGCACCGCUCCAAAUGGCGAAAGAUACUGGCGUCAUCUCAUGACAAAUGCGUCUAUAAAGGCUCAAGAUGGGUCCAGAAUGGCAGGCAAACCAGUUGCGCUCUCAAACGGGGCCCUGAUUUGGAUGGAAGAUGAGAGAGGCAAGGCCAUAGCCCCUGAAUGGACAUUCAACGAGCCCCAAUUCUUACCUGGAUCUUCUGAUGAUCAAGAAAUGGGAGGGCAUCCGAAGCAAGCUGAGCAGGAGACCAACCCAAUCCAUCCUGGACUCAAGACUACUAGCAAAGAUCCCUUUUGGUGGUGA